AUGUCGUCCUGUCUUCUCUUCUCCAAUUCCGACAAAUCAAUUGUCUUGGUCGACAUACCACGCUCUAUUGAACUUGCACAACUGCCCAAGGGACAAACAACGCCAUCCAAUCGUCGGCUCCUGUCUUGCCAGCCACUGGCCAAGCCAUGGCAAAACCAGGUGUCGUCCAAGUCGUCGCAGGAGCCGAACAUGUCUCAAUCGGCAUCUGCCCUCAUUGAUGAGCUCAUGGCCUGUGAAACCGUUCGACAUGCGCAUAAGGCGAUACGGGACACGUAUCAUGGAGAUUGGCACUUGCCGCGAACCUGUGCGCCGCUCCCUGACCAGACCACUAUUCAACACAACACAGAGGCUCCUGCGGUGCCGCAAAAGAGGAAGCUAUGCGCUACGGAGCUGCAUCAUGGUGAUUCGCCCGAGUUCAAUUACAUUCCGGCCGAUAGCAAGUACCUCUUGGGUUCAAUUGAGAGUCAGAGAGACUCUUUUCUCAAGACAGCACCCCAAUUUGACAUAGUAGUUCUAGAUCCACCAUGGCCAAGUAGAUCCGUCCGCCGGAAGAAGAAGAAUAGCUACAGCACCACCUAUGAUAUGACGGAGAUGCAUGACCUCCUGAGCCUGAUACCGAUCGCUAGCCAUCUCAAGCUCGAAGGCAUUGUAGCCGUAUGGGUUACUAAUAAACCAGCAGUGAUUGAUUUACUCAAGUCCCCCGGUGGCUUGUUCGACCAAUGGAAUGUAGAGCCCAUCGGCGAAUGGAUUUGGGUCAAGGUUACCAGCAACGGGGAACCGAUUGUGGACUUUGGAUCGACUUGGAGAAAACCUUGGGAACGCCUGCUGUUUGCUAAGCGGAGAGGCAGCUCUCAGAAACUGCAGCCAGAACGCAAGGUCGUCUUCGCUGUACCCGAUUUGCAUUCCCGAAAACCAAAUAUCCGCAUGCUCUUGGAAGAUUUCCUUCCCAAUGGCUAUUUGGGCUUGGAGGUGUUCUCCAGGAAUUUGACCGCAGGCUGGUGGAGUUGGGGAGAUCAAACGCUAUUGUUUCAGCAGAAGCAACAUUGGGUUGAUGACUCUGCGACAGAGAAGCAAGGGCCUAAAACUUUAUGUCAAUGA